GGCCCAUGCGUGAUUGUUGGAACAGUUUGUCCAUGGAGCUGCAGUGAUUGGUCCAGAGCAGCAGUGAUGUCACCACUCUCUCUGAUGUCCUGACCGGUGCUGCAGCCGCGUUCAGCUCAGAGAAAGAAACAGAGAAACAGAGAGAGAGAGAGAGAGAGAGAGAGAGAGAGAGAGAGAGAGGUUCCGGAUGGAGUUGGCACAAGACUGGAGUAAAACCGUGGAUCGUUUGCCCGUGACAGACUGGACCCGCUUCCUUGCACUGCCUUGAUGAACUCGCCCUGGUCCUGCUCACAGCCCAGCAGCCCGUCAUGGGGGACGGUGGUGCGUCCACGCAGGUGAACCUCCAGAAUGGCACGGGGAGCGACGCAUCCGACGCAGAAGGUUCCUCCACCGCCGCGUCCGAGCAGUGGAUGGCCGGGAUGAGCUUGGUGAUGGGUUUGAUCGUGUUAUCUAUCGUGUUCGGGAAUAUCCUGGUCAUUGUGGCCAUCGCCAGGACGCAGAGGCUGCAGACGCUCACUAAUGUGUUCAUUGUGUCCCUGGCCAGCGCGGACCUGAUCAUGGGGCUGCUGGUGGUUCCAUUUGGCGCUGCGCUCGAAGUGCGCGGCUCCUGGUUGUACGGCUCCUUUUUCUGCGAGUUUUGGAUUUCCGUCGACGUCCUCUGUGUCACAGCCAGUAUCGAAACCCUGUGCGUAAUCGCCAUAGACCGGUACGUGGCCAUCACAUCGCCUUUCCGUUACCAGAGCUUGUUAACCAAAGCCCGGGCUAAGGCGGUGGUGUGCGUGGUGUGGGCCAUCUCUGCGCUCGUCUCCUUCCUACCCAUCCUCAUGCACUGGUCCCGGGACAGCGUGGACACAGCCUGCUACGAUGACCCCAAAUGUUGCGACUUUGUCACCAACAGGGCAUACGCCAUCUCCUCAUCCAUCAUAUCUUUUUACAUUCCUCUGCUGGUCAUGAUAUUUGUUUACGCCCGCGUGUACCGAGAGGCAAAAAAACAGCUGAGGAAGAUUGACAAGUGCGAGGGCAGGUUUCACAACACUUUAACCGGCCUGACAUCCAAGUGCAAGAAGAGGCCAUCUAAAAUCCUGGCUCUCAGGGAGCAGAAAGCGCUCAAAACACUGGGUAUAAUCAUGGGGACGUUCACCUUAUGCUGGCUGCCCUUCUUUAUAGUCAACGUGGUGCGGGUGUUUUGCGCAGAAGUGGUGGACAAGAACCUUUUCGUCUUUCUGAACUGGCUCGGGUAUGUCAACUCGGCCUUUAACCCUAUCAUUUACUGUCGGAGCCCGGACUUUAGGAAGGCUUUUAAGAGGCUGCUGUGCUGUCCGAGGCAGGCGGACCGCAGGCUGCACAUCAGCUCCUGUGACCUGUCCAGGUGCGGAGGAUUCGUGUCGUCUCUGGAGCCGGGCGCACUGGGGAUGUGGACCGAAUGUGCCGGGUUGGACAACAGUGACAGCAGCCUGGUGGGCACGGCAAAGCUGUCCCACUCUGAGUCCAACCUGUAAAGGAUGGAUGGAUAGAGGUUUUCUGUCAGCAGCCUGGAAAGAAACGGUGCCAGAAACGUGCGUCGACUCUUAUUUGUUCUAUUGCAAUAUCUUCUUUCUUCUUUUUAUUUUUAUUUUUUUUUUCUUGGUAAAGGUAUGCGUAAGAGCUUAAAGUGUCAUAUUUUACGCGCAUCAAAAAAAAGUAAAUCCUGAAACCAAAUUACGAGAUAUUUUGGAAGUCAUAGCUGAAAAUGUCGUUUCCAUUACGCGCCACUUUUCUCCAAAAGUUAGUGCGUAAAAAACGAUUUAAUUCACUAAAUCCGUCGAUCAUCCUAAAUGUUUUUAUGAAUGUAAAGCCUUGGUAAUAACUCUGAAUGGGGAACUCCACUCUGAAUGAAGGUUCGGCUCUUUUACGCACAGAGCGCACGAACUGCAGUGGUUCAUUCCUGCAGUUUUCGGUUUAUUUCUUCUUCUUCUGUCGGGUUCGUGGCGGGUCACAGUUUAUUUCCCUUCAGCUGACCAGCUCAGGCUCACUCAAAUAAACAGUUAUUUAAAGCGGUGAGCAGGAACAAGGCUUUUGUCGAGUCUGUAGUUAUAUAGUGCUCACAAUGUGUCUUUUUUUUUUUUUACCUCACAGCCAUCGGUAAGUGCAAUUUGUACGACAUGUAUUUGUUUAUAUUAAACAUUUAUGUAAUAUAGACUUGUAUUUAUUCUGCGCUGUCUUUUACAACUGAACAAUUCAAUCUGGGGAGUCUGUUCAGCGGGGCCUGAUCCACGCCCUUUGUACAUAUUAUAGUAUGUGAUGUUUAGUACUGAACUGAGGAAUUUGAGCCUCUGUUUUUCUGUCUCAUUAAAGCUUACAUGCUGUUGUGAGGUGGCUUGUUGACUACUGUGAAAUAAAAGGAAGUUUCAUUGUUA